AGCAAGCUUGCUUGACUUUUGCAGGAUAGUAGCGAUGGAAGCAGCUGCAGUGGAAGAGCAAGCAUGCGAUAACAAAUACAUUGUCAAGCGAAAAACUUGAUGAAUGAAUGCAGUCGUCUUUUGUAAAAUUACACUAAUAUAGCUGCGCCGGGUUGCGGCAAAGUUGCAAAAGGUACAUUCGCUUCCCCGAACUGCUGCCGCGGGAAAUCUGCUCUGUUGUCGCUGCUGCUGUUUCUUGCCGAAAUACUGAUACUCCGGUUAAAUCAAAUCAUAGUGUUUGUGGUUAUCUGGGAUGAAUUCACAAGUCAUCAGUCUCAACAGAGAAAAACAAGGACAUGAGUGCUAGAUGAUGUUUCUGCCAUGGAGAUGAACAUCACAGCUACAUCCUCCCAGGAGUCGUAGAGGAAUGCCCUGUGUACUCUGGGGUGACUCCUGCCUUGGAGCAUGAGCACAGAAGCCCAAGCGAGGGCAGGGGUCCUGCUAUGAUGCAAGCUCUGGGCUGCAGGAUGAACCUGGCGGCGGUUCUGAACGGCCUGCUGGUGUCGGUGGUGGCGGCGCUGCUGUGGAAGUACGUGAAGCUGAGCGAGCACGCCGCUCUGCUGGAGGAGGAGCUGCUGCUGACGCGCCAGUCCCAGGAGCUGUCGCAGGUACGCAUCGACUACCACGCCGCCCUGCAGGCCCUUCAGCAGCACGGGACCCGCAUGGUCUGCACGGGCAAGAUGCACACGGACCGCGUCUGCCGCUUUGACUACCUGUGCUACUCCACCGAGGCUGAGGAGUUUGUUUUCUUCCACAGCAACGCCUCUGUCAUGCUCCCCAACCUGGGCCCGCGCCGCUUCCAGCCCGCGCUGCUGGACCUAUCCUCCGUGGAGGACCACAACACCCAGUACUUCAACUUCCUGGAGCUGCCCGCAGCCGCCCUCAAAUUCAUGCCCAAGCCUGUGUUUGUUCCUGACGUCGCUCUCAUUCUCAACCGCUUCAACCCUGAUAACCUCAUGCAUGUCUUUCACGAUGAUUUGUUGCCCAUAUUCUACACCAUGGGUCAAUACUCGGACCUGGAUGAAGAGGCCCGGCUGGUCUUCAUGGAGGGCUGGAGCGAGGGCCCCCACUUCCAGCUCUACCGCCUGCUGAGCAGUAAACAGCCGCUCCUCAAGGAGCAGCUGAGGAACUUCGGCAAGCUCCUGUGCUUCACCAAGUCCUAUGUGGGCCUGUCCAAAAUGACCACCUGGUACCAGUAUGGCUUCGUCCAGCCUCAGGGACCCAAGGCAAACAUACUGGUGUCGGGAAACGAGAUCAGGCAGUUUUCAUCGUUCUUGGCAGAGAAGCUGAACGUGACGGUGGGGGAGCAGACAGAGAAGACGGACGAGUAUAUUGUGGUCUUCAGCCGCUCUCUUAACAGGCUGAUCCUGAACGAGGCGGAGCUGAUCCUGGCACUAGCGCAGGAGUUCCAGAUGAAGGUCGUCACCGUGUCCCUGGAGGAGCAGUCCUUUGCGGACAUCGUCCGAGUCCUCAGCAGGGCGUCCAUGCUGGUCAGUAUGCAUGGGGCCCAGCUGGUCACCUCUCUCUUCCUUCCUCGUGGCGCCGCUGUGGUGGAGCUGUACCCAUAUGCCGUCAACCCAGAGCAUUAUGCUCCCUACAGGACACUGACCUCGCUGCCAGGUAUUGACCUGCAGUAUGUGGCCUGGAGGAACACCAAGGAGGAGAACUCUGUGACCUUCCCAGAGCGUGCCUGGGAUCAGGGUGGCAUUGCACACUUGGAGAAGGAGGAGCAGGACCGUAUCAUGAAGAGCAAGGAGGUGCCGCGACACCUGUGCUGUCGGAACCCGGAGUGGCUUUUCCGCAUCUACCAGGAUACCAAGGUGGACAUUGCCUCCCUUCUGGAUGCCCUGCACCAGGGACUGGUCUCCAGGCCAGGACCCAAGAGGGCUAGGCCUGCCAGCACAGUCCACCCAGGCAGGGUGAGGGAGCCCAAGUGCCAGACCUCCGUCCAGGCGACCAACGAGGCCAAGCUGACCGUGUCCUGGCAGAUCCCCUGGAACCUCAAGUACCUGAAGGUGAGGGAGGUGAAGUAUGAGGUAUGGAUUCAGGAACAGGGGGAGAACACCUACAUGCCUUACAUCUUACCGCACCAGAACUACACCUUCUCCGAGAACAUCAAACCUUUCACCACCUACCUGGUGUGGGUCCGCUGCAUCUUCAACAAAACACUUCUGGGCCCUUUUGCAGAUGUCCUCAUGUGCAGAACCUGAUGCCGGUUUGUUUGCAGGGUUGAAAAAGACGAGGACUAACUCCAGCUCUGUCCAGACAGCCAGACACACUGCUGAAGCUUACUCUCAGAUGCAUUUUCCUUCUGUUGGUUCUGUUGCCUCAGUAGCUCUGUAUGAUCAGAAGAGCCUGGCCCACUGUUGCCAAGGUCCUGGCUUGUUCUGUGAUGUGUUUGGUGCCUGUGAGAUGGAGGUCAUGCGGUUCUCUCCAGAGGGUGGUGAAAUACAAGGUGAAAUGCAAAUUAGCUGCUGGGAGUUUUAUGGAAAUAUAGAACACGUCGGAAAAGCUCAAAGAAAAAAGGAACUGUUUAAGAUUCUAAACCCGAAGGCACUGCUAUAGUUAGCGGCAUAGGAUUCUUUAAAAUAAGUGCUAUUUAGUCUGCGCAUCUUUUCAGGGGGUACAACUUGUUUUACAAAAUAAUUAUUUAUAAUUGAGAGGAAUUAAAUGCUUUGUUUUUAUUUAUAUUUAUCAGUCCAGGGCACUGAAGACUUUUUUGUUUACCUAUUUGGAAAGUGAAUUGUGUUCGUAUGUAAUGUAGGUUUUUGGUAAGUUGUCCGUUCCAGGCAUAUAAUUAUAUUUCUAGGUCUCAUAUUUUUGCCCAGAGUGAUUUAUUGAGCUGAUUGAGUGAUUUGAUUAGAAGUAGACUAGAACUGUACGUGUCUGUAUUGUACCUUCUCCAUAUAGGCUUUGCUGUAUUGUUUUUGCUAUAUGCUGUUGUUGUGUACAGUUUUGUCAUUGUUUCAUUUGUUAUUUAACGUUUCAUUUUUUGUAUAAUGUAGCCAAAACCAUGAAACCAAAGUACAUUUAAUGUUUGAUGAUUUUAAGGUCUGUGUUUUUAAUUGUGUCAUUCGGCAUUUUUCGUACAUUAUGUGAUUUUGUGAAAAUCGUUCUGGAUAACACGACUGAUUUAGCGCAGUGUUCUGCCCACAGUCCUCAUGUAAAAUGUGCAUCUUGUCUUCAAGGUUAUUCUGUGAGAAUGGGGGAUGUCAGUGCUCUGAAAAUUGCGUGUUUGCCCAUUGAAGGAAGGAGCAAAUGUCCAUGAGCAAAUGUCAGUGCUGUUUGAGGAGAUGUAGAUAAGAUUUAGGUUGUGGAUUUAAAACCCAUCAGUGCUGCAGGGCCCGUGCCUGGAGAGGAAAGCGCAAAUGGCUGUGUGAUCAGAGGAGCUGGGUCUGUCAGGCCGCCUGCCACCUGGUGAAACAGGCAGUUGACAGACACAGAAUCCUGACUUUUUAUCUCAGCCCGACUGAAGAACAAGCUUUACACGUACUGAAGAAGUGUUUUAUGCAGUAAUAGGAGCUUUGACUUGUGCGAAGCAAUCACUUUAACCACCAUUGUGAAAAUACUAGGAAUCAGUGAUUUUAAGUCUGUGAGUCACAUGAUGGCUCCAUAUUCAGUUUGGGCAUCAUGAAGCCUCGCAGUAAUAUUACCCAUUAAGAUUUUUGCAUGAUAUGAUAAAAUUCCACUCUAUGGCCACUAUAAUACUGUGCACAUCAUCUAUGCUCUUAUUGGAUUAUAGAUGAUGACUGAGAUUUACCCUGCUUUUCAGUCAAAAUGCAACGCAACAUUUGUGCUGUCAUUAGAAUAUAAAUUCCAAUAUUUACCAUAAAGCAAAUAAAUCUUUAUUAUAUAUGACUGAACUUAUUUUUUUUUACCAAAAAUGUGUUUGUUUUUUUUUGUUUGUUUUUUGUCAAAGGCAAUAUAAGAAAGAAAAAACAUACUUUUCUGUUAUAUAGCAACAUAUAUCGCUGUUAGGUUUUCUUAAAGAACUCCCCCCAUUGAGAUGCAGAAAUAGCCUGGGACAUAAUUUGCUUAUUAAUAUUGAUAUUAAUAUUUAUGAUCUCUAUUACCAUUCCAUGCAGGUACAACCAUGUUUAAAACCAGUAUAUAAUUACCCCUCUCUGUUUUCUCUGUGAAUUCAGAGUAGUAGCUAUAACAGUUUAAUUCCCUGAACCAAACUCUCAAGUGUUGAUCAGGCCAGUUUACGGUUUAUACUGCAGAAGAAUCUGAAUUCUAGGCAGUUCCCCACUGUAUUCAUUUGACUGUGAUGCCUCCAUUGGGGCAUCUGGAAUUUGUCAGUUCUUGUUCCCCAAAUGUGGAAUGUUGUUUAGUGCCACAACGUAAGAUGUACCAGCGCCACCAAUUUUCUAUACGUAAUUAGGAGCAUUCCUCAUAUUCACUUCAAAUGCGACCGUAAUAUAAAGUUUUCCGACCCAAAUAAACGUACCUUGAUCUUUACUGUGCUUUUGUCCGUGGAAUAAAUGAAUCUCUCUGUGUACCUCUCAGGAUAAAUAACUGAUGUUGUUUUCUCCGAGCGCAAACAGAAAGCCAGACAAGUGUGCACUGUGUUGGAUGGUAGCCAGGCCCUAAAAUGUUUUUGUUGUUUUGUUUUCUCCCAUCUCUGUGCUGAGGAAAAUCCUGUUCCCAGUUAGCUGUACUGUUUAAUUUGAAAGAUUUUUCGGUUUCUGGUGUAGCAGUGAUGUGUGAUGGAUGCAGUAUCGAAGCUCUUAGUUCAACCCUUCGCUGUUGUUUUUAAUGUGGAAUGGUAGUGUAGAGGUCUCCCCCAACAGUGUGGAAAUCUAUUUGCUAAAAAUGAAAAUGAACUAAGUAUUAACUACUGUAUAAACUGAAAAGCUAAGCAGUUGUGUUUGUCAUUAUAAGAGAACAAUGAGUAUAUUAUGAAAUAUGCUUUGAUCAUUUAUUUAAUAAACCACAUUUCUUUUAACAUA